AUGAAUUCUAAGAUUGAAAGCUGCAAAUUUGAGCUUGAGAUUGCAAGGGAAGCUGCCCCAUUUGUGGAUCCUGCUGUUUUGGUGGAAACUUAUGAACAAGAGGAAUGUGUCGAUGAUCUUGAAGGGGAUGAUCGGAUUCAAUCUGCGCUUGCUCACAUUGUGACGCACGCACUUUUGAAGAUGCUCCUGGACCUGCAAGUGGAGGAGGCAUUUGCUUUCUGGGGUACUCCAGAAGGUGAUCUGGUCCAUCCUGCAGCAGUACUGGAGACAGUUAGGCGUCAUAGAGUCAAUGUCGAUGGCAAUGUCUGUACUGUCAUGGUAACCACUUUGGUUCUUGAGGGAUGGCAGCGGAAACUUGAUCCCAGAUUUCAUGAAGGCUUGCUUUCCAGUGAGCAAGGUGCCUACAUUGCAGAGUCUAUCGCUGCUAAGAACAUGAAACAAGCGAAGAGCCGUUUUCGGAUAUAUGAGGAUGCCACAGUACCAAUCAGUUUCUCUUUUAUUCAUUUGGACUAA